GAAAGAAGGAAGAAAAUUCAAUCUAGUCGAAUACUAUCUUGACGUCCGCAAUGACUCUCUCUCUCUCUCUCUCUACUUUCUCUCUCUAAAACACGCAGCAAGAAGCAAACAGCAACUGUGCGUUUUAUUGAGAUGCAUAGAUUGAAGAUUAUGGUGCUCUUACACUGAGAAAACCCUAGGCAACCUCAGCUCAUGUAUACUGGAAUCAAAUUCAGAACCCCAAGUGGAAAGUUCCAAACUUUUUGUUCGUUAUCAAUUCUGUGAUCAGUUCCCAGAUUAUAUUAUUCUUCAAUUUCUCAAUUUUGAACUCCCGAGAUUCAUGCGAAAGCCAUUUGAAGGUUGCUCAUAUAAGGGAGAUAGCUCAAUUGUAAUGUUCAGAAUCAAAGAUUGUUUCUUGGUUUUGGUUUUCUUUGGUCUAUGGCUUGUGUUUGGUAAAAAUCAACACCACGUGCUUCUGUUGUUGGAUCACAGGGAAGACUCUAAAGCCUUUGGCCUUGGACUUUGGGUUGAAAUACUAUCUGGGUUGACCGUUAUGCCCAGUUUCUCACAAGCUGUUGUGUAAUUGUAGUUUGUUGAAACCAUGUUUUAUAUAACUUAGUUGUUCUGCUUAGGUGAUUUCUUGAAGACUGUAAUAUUGAAUGAUGGGGCCUCCGGGGCCGCCCACUCCCAUUGGUGGUGCCCAGUCUGUUUCACCCUCUCUAUUGAGAUCAAAUUCAGGAAUGCUAGGAGCUCAAGGGGGUCCGGGUCCUGUGCCUUCGCAGACAUCUUUCCCAUCACUUUUGUCUCCGCGUACUCAGUUCAACAACAUGAACAUUCUAGGAAAUAUGUACAAUGUAACUUCCUUACUGAAUCAAUCUUUCCCAAAUGGAGUUCCAAAUCCUGGGCUCUCCGGUCCAGGGAGUAGCCAGCGUGGAGGGGUUGAUACCGGAGCUGAAACAGAUCCACUCUCCGGUGUUGGUAAUGGAAUGAACUUCAGUAAUUCUUCAUCCACAUUUGUACAAUCUAAUAUGGUGAAUGCUGGUUCCUCUGGUCAAGGUCAGGGUCAACAAUUUUCAAACCCUUCUAGUAAUCAGUUGUUGCCAGAUCAACAGCAUUCCCAACAGCUUGAACCUCAAAAUUUCCAACACAGUCAGCAGUCAUUGCAACAGUUCUCUGCUCCUCUGAAUACACAGCAGCAACAACAGCAGCAUUUUCAAUCGAUUCGAGGAGGGAUAGGUGCUAUGGGAUCAGUAAAGUUGGAGCCCCAGGUAAACAACGAUCAACUUGGACAGCAGCAGCAACAGCAACAGCAACAGCAGUUGCAAUCAUUGAGGAAUCUUGCUCCAGUGAAAUUGGAACCACAACAAAUUCAAACAAUGAGAACUCUGGCACCAGUUAAAAUGGAGCCGCAGCAUUCUGAUCAACCAUUAUUUUUGCAGCAGCAACAACAACAGCAGCAACAACAGCAACAUCAGCAGCAGUUGUUCCACUUGUCAAAGCAAUCCUCUCAGGCUGCUGCUGCUCAGAUCAAUCUUUUGCACCAUCACAGGCUUUUGCAAUUACAACAACAACACCAGCAGCAACAACUCUUGAAGGCAAUGCCUCAACAACGGUCUCAACUACCACAGCAAUUUCAACAGCAGAAUAUGUCUAUAAGGUCUCCUGUGAAAUCUGUAUAUGAACCUGGGAUGUGCGCUAGGCGGUUGACACAUUACAUGUAUCAGCAACAACAUAGACCUGAUGAUAACAAUAUUGAGUUCUGGAGGAAGUUUGUUGCUGAGUAUUAUGCUCCCAAUGCCAAGAAGAAGUGGUGUGUUUCUAUGUAUGGAAGUGGCAGACAAACAAAUGGAGUUUUCCCUCAGGAUGUAUGGCACUGCGAAAUAUGUAAUCGCAAACCUGGCCGCGGGUUUGAGGCAACUGUUGAGGUUCUUCCCAGGCUUUUCAAGAUAAAGUAUGAAAGUGGUACUUUGGAAGAGCUACUUUAUGUUGACAUGCCCCGCGAAUAUCAUAAUUCCUCUGGCCAGAUUGUUCUAGAUUAUGCAAAAGCAAUACAAGAAAGUGUUUUUGAGCAACUUCGUGUUGUUCGUGAUGGUCAACUCCGAAUAGUUUUCUCUCCAGAUCUGAAGAUAUGCUCUUGGGAAUUUUGUGCUCGGCGCCAUGAAGAGCUCAUCCCCAGAAGAUUGUUAAUACCUCAGGUUAGUCAGCUUGGAGCGGCUGCUCAAAAAUAUCAGGCUGUUACUCAAAAUGCAACGCCCAAUAUAUCUGUUCCAGAGUUACAAAAUAAUUGCAAUAUGUUUGUUUCAUCAGCCCGUCAGUUGGCUAAAGCUUUAGAAGUUCCAUUAGUUAAUGAUUUAGGAUAUACGAAGAGAUAUGUGCGCUGCCUACAAAUAUCAGAAGUGGUAAAUAGUAUGAAAGACUUGAUAGAUUACAGCAGAGAAACAGGGACUGGUCCUAUGGAGAGCUUGGUCAAAUUCCCUCGGAGAACAAGCGGUUCAUCUGGACUUCGUAGUCAAGCACAACAUGAAGAUCAAUUACAGCAGCAACAACAGCAAAUGGUGGGUCAUAACUCAAAUGGUGAUCAAAACUCAGCUCAAGCUGCUGCCAUGCAAAUUGCCUCUAGUAGCAAUGGUAUGGUUAGUGUAAAUAACUCUGUCAACUCAGCAUCCACAUCAACCACCACAAGUACUAUUGUUGGACUUCUCCAUCAGCACUCUAUGAAUUCUAGACAACAAAGUUCAAUAAACAAUGCAAGCAGUCCAUAUGGAGGUAGUUCUGUUCAGAUUCCAUCCCCAGGUUCCUCCAGUACCGUGCCACCAGCCCAGCCAAAUUCAUCCCCUUUUCAAUCACCAACACCAUCCUCGUGUAACAACCCCCCGCAAACAUCUCACCCUGCCUUAAUGUCGACCAAUCACAUAAGUACAGCAAACUCACCAGCUAAUAUUUCCUUGCAACAACAGCAGGCAUCUCUUUCUGGUGAAGCUGAUCCUAGUGAUGCUCAGAGCUCAGUCCAGAAAAUCAUACAUGAGAUGAUGAUAUCAUCCCAGAUUAAUGGCACAGGUGGAAUGGUAGGUGUUGGUUCCCUUGGAAAUGAGGUGAAGAAUGUAAAUGGUAUUCUGCCAGUGAAUGCCAAUACAGGGCUCAACAAUGGAAAUGGCCUGGUGGGCAAUGGCACACCUAACAGUAAUUCUGGUGUUGGUGUUGGUAGCUAUGGCACAAUGGGUCUUGGGCAAUCCACUAUGCCUAAUGGAAUCAGGUCUGCUAUGGUAAAUAAUUCAGUUAUGAAUGGAAGGGGAGGAAUGGCAUCUAUUGCUCGGGAUCAAGCUAUGAAUCAUCAACAGGAUUUGUCAAACCAGUUACUUAGUGGGCUAGGAGCAGUAAAUGGUUUUAAUAAUCUUCAAUUUGAUUGGAAACCUUCUCCAUGAGAGCCUUUUUAGAUGGUAUGAAUGUGGUUCUUGACAGCUGCUUGUGCAGCAUGAGAAAUGGUAGAAUUGCCUUCUGCCCCCAAAUGAUGGCAUAACGCAAUUGAGUAGUGAUAGGGAGUAGGCCAAUCUGCGAAUAUAUGAUUUUAUAUAUUUAAGAAAUGAAAAUUUGUUGGCUGGUUGUGUGGCUGAUGGGGCUGAUUUUUUUUGUGAAUUCAAGUGUAACUUUUUAUUUUACUUUUUAUAUCUUCAUGAGCUUUCACAAACUCAUCCUUAUAAACGCCACCCGA